UAUAAAGACAAUGAUCGAAUGAUCUUUUGGGGUUAGAUUUUGGUAUAUAAAAAUGUGCAUUUAGUAUUCAGCUGAGAAGUGUGGCACAUUUCAAUUGGCCACUUGUUAUCUAUUGACAUACACUUGCUAAAACCGAAUUCUAUUUUCGCGUUUGUCUCUUUACUCUACAACGUUAACAAUUUACAACCAAGUGUAUUUAACAUUCCGUUAUGUUGCUACCUUUCGGAGCUUGUAUUGCAGUAGAGUUGAUAUUGUUUGCUUUUGCAAACGACUCUAGCCGAGAUAGUGGAAUUAGCGCGAUUUUGCAAAAACUAAAGACUCUGGAAGAAGAAGUGUCCACGCUUAAACAGAGGCUGAAGUCUUGCCAAAAUGGACAUAACGAAUUUUCUAAAUCGAACACAGAGUUCAGAGAAAGACGUUUUGUUCUGCAAGGGCAGGGAUCCCAGAUUGCCUUUCAUGCCCAACUAACCCACAACAUUGAGAAUCUUGGAAUUCACCAAGCCAUUCUUUUCGAUAAUGUUCUUUUGAAUGAAGGGAACGGAUAUUCGAUUUACGAAGGAGAAUUUAUCGCCCCCGUUUCCGGUCUUUACGUCUUCGCCUGGACUAUUUCAUCCGGGGAUCGCACAUGCAUGAAAUAUGACGUUGUAAAGAACAGCGUGGUUUUGACUUAUCAUAUAAGCGAUGCUGCUAAUCAUAUUGAUUGGGCCGUGUCGUCAGGGACUGUUGUUACCCGGAUGUACACAGGAGAUCGUGUCUGGAUACGAGUAUCCGAUUUCCUCACAUGCUCACACACUGUUUAUGGUACUGGUUAUGGCACUUCGUUGUUUGCCGGAUUUUUACUGAAUUAAAAAAAAAUAUUAGCUUUGCUAACUGAAGUUUAACUUGGGUAAAAAUACAUCUUUUUGGAAUAUGUAAGAAUCUGAAACGAUUGAAUUAUCAAUGAAAAAUUCGCCAUGAUAUAAGGAUUUUCCUGGACCCAAUCCCAAAAACAAAAACCCGUCUUAAUAUAACAUUUCUUCUGAAAAGAGAAGGAAAGUCAGAAUAAUUUUUAUUGAUACUAAUAAAGUUGUUGAAAUGAU